UUCCGGGCUUAAAAAAAAAGAAAUAAAUAUUUUCCUGUCCAACAAACGUGAAUUUGAGAUAAACAAACGUUAUAUUUUAUUUAGCUACGAAACGUUCGAAUGUAGGCGGUGGUAGCCACAUACAUUUUACCAUGGUGAAAUGCGUGGUCCAGGGGUGUCCUAAUCGAAGUGACAAUAAUAAAGGAGCGUUUCCGAAUCGUCCUUCCAAGAGGUUUUUCAAUUUUCCUAAUGACCAGGCUCGGGUGAAAGUGUGGCUUGCCGCACUGCGAGAGACGGAGAAGGAGGAUUCAACAGAGGAGCACAGAAUAUGUGAAGACCACUUUCUGACAGACCACAUAACACCACGCGGAAUAAGCGAGGAUGCCAUUCCUAUCAUGCCCCCAUACCUCGACGGGCCACUGAGUCUGAUCAGCCCGUGGGGCGAGGACUCUUCUGACGAAGAGGAAUUCGUGGAUGAUGAUGAUGCUUCGGCUAUGCACAAUGACGAUGUUGAAGAAGAAUAUGAUGAGAGUCAGGCCGAGACAGAACCAUCUGCAUCAAGGUUCUGUGAACUGGUUGAAGGCACCAAGACAAAGACUAGACAAGUCAGUGCUUCCACUGAACCCAAGCCAGUGUUACCGGUCACCAGUAAGGGAUUUGUCCGCCAGGAUCUAUCCCUGGCUCUGUUGACCAAGAAGUUCCUAAGGCUGAUGAGUGGCGCCCCUCAUGGUAUCAUGGACCUCAACCUCGCAGCACAGAACCUCCACACACGCAAACGGAGGGUAUAUGACAUCACCAACUGCCUGGAGGGGAUCAAGCUCAUCCAGAAACAAUCGGCCAACAAGAUCAAGUGGAUAGGUCUGUGUCCAGUCACCAGUUUUGUUGGGCCGAAGCAGAGGCUUCAGCGGGAGCUGCAGAACCUGAAGACGGUGGAGGAGAGUCUGGAUGAGCUCAUCAAGACCUGUGCCCAGCAGCUCUUUGACAUGACCGACAGUUUGGACAACAUAGAAUUAGCCUACGUGACCCACAGUGACAUCAGUGGUAUCAAGGUGUUCCAGGAACAGACGGUCGUUGCCAUCAAGGCCCCGGAAGAGACCAAGCUGGAGGUGCCAACACCCAAGGAGGACGUCAUCCAAAUCCACCUGAAGGGAGGCAGGGGACCAAUCAAAGUGCUGACCUGUGAGAUGGACGGGCCUCAACGUGCCACACAGGGAAGUGGAAAGACAACAGGCUUUCUAUCACUGGAGGAGAGCAGGAUUAAGACCAUGCUUCUGCACACCGGUAACAACACAGAUGUGCUUUUCAAUCAAUAAAAUGAUACAAUUGUUAAGCUAUAUUAGGUGCUCCAGACAUUUAAUUACAACUAUGUAAAGUACCUUGAGAUGUCCUACUCUGUAAGAAAGGGAUUAUGCCAUGAUUGGAUUGGAACAUUGAGUGUGUUCCCCACUGCAAGCAGUAGAGAGAGCUGUUUACUAUAAAAUAGGCUUGGGGAAUACUGUAUCAAAUGAGGUCAGUUUUGUCACAAAAGGAAAGUUAUGAAAGUAGAUAUUUUGUUGUGGUCAACAAAUCAACUGUUAAUUUCUCUCCUUCUGUAGGGGCCUCUGCAUCACAGAAUGCUGUACAGAGUGGGUAGUCUGACAUUAUGGUAGUAUGCUGCACUGUCACAUUGUCCUCAUUGGAUUUUUUUGUCUCACUGUUUGGACUCUGACUCCACAUUCUGACAUUGUCGCUUUGGGAAGAGGCCAUUUUUGUCAUUUUUUUAUAUUUUUUUCUGUGUAAAAUGCCAACGAUUCCUUGUAUGACUUGAUUGUAAAAAGUGCACAUAAGUCAUGAAAUCACAAGCUUUAUUUUUAUACAUGUAGUUUUGCGUUUAGUAAAGUGGUUGCAGUACACUACUGUAUUCCUGUACUUUUCAAUCAUCUUAAAAUGUGUGGGAAAUGGUGGACAGUAUCAAUGUGACAGCUAUAGUCAUUAGAAAGUAACAAAUGCUCAUGUACAUAAAGUUUAAUUUUCCAAGCAGUUUCAUCAUGUACCCUAGUGGAUUGGAACGUGUAUGUUCUUUGCUUUUAUUUUUUUCAUCUAACUAUUCUGAAUGCCCUAUUAAAAGUUUUGUUUUUCUUUCUGUUUUUCUUAUCUGUUAUUACUAAUUAAGAAAACACUUCCAAUGCAUUCUCCUAUGAAUAAACUCACUUGUAUAUAAAAA